CAGCCAAAGAAUUGGUCAACUAAAUUAGCAGAUAAAAAGAGCUGAUCGAUCGCCUCGUCCCCUGGCUCCUUCCUCUUCCUGCUACCAAAAGAAAAGGAAAAGAAACAAAUUAAUCGGAGGAAUCCAUCUCUGCGCACAGUACAGAAAUGUUGGAGUGCCUUCCUCCGCCGGAAUCUGCUGCAUUCUCCCCGAUGCAGCAUGGUUUGAUAGAGAACAGAACAGCCCCCCAUGGGCCUCCUCCUCCGCCUCCCAUGGCCGCCUCCUCGCCUGAAACCACCACCAUCAGCCUCUCUCACGCCUACGCCGCUGCUGUUCUCCAAACCAACUCCUUCAAGGAGAUGGUGAGAAUCACCAGCUCCAUGGACCUUCUGGCCGUCGCCGAUCACGAUCAAAGCCACUCCGGUAUGCUCGCCCAGGUGCUUGCCCCCGAUCGAGAUUGCGUCCUCGACGCACUUCAACGCUCAAAAUCCAACUCCACUUCGCUUUUUAAUCUCAACUCCUCUUACUUUCAGUACAGCGAGGAAACCACCAGCCUUUGCCUCACCCUCCGGAUUAUAGUAGCUAAAGCCCGUCGAUUAUAUUGCCCAAUCGACACACUCCUCUGUGAAAUUCCCAUUGAUUCCCUUUCUAGGUCUCACUGUGACCUCGUCUUCCAAGAGUUCCUUAAAUUCAACGCGGAACCCAACCCUUUCCCCCGCCCUGACUCACACACCUUCGACAGAAUUCGAGACCUCUUCAGCGAUCUCAAGCGCCAACUUGAUCGCCGUCUUAGUAAGUCCAGCUCCAGAAUUCACCUUGUUCGCCCUCCCGCCGCCGAGCCCAACUCCCUCUGCUGCGGCGGCGGUGCUGCAAUCAUGGCCUACAUUCCUCCCAGGUUCGUCAAGAGAGAAUUGGCUUAUGCAGCUCAGCUUAAAGUUGCCACAAGGAAUACCUAUAUUCUAAAGACUGACCUUGACACACUUGAUAGCCUCGUCAGCCGUCUGCACAACAAUGUGGAGGACGACAAGCGUUCUAUUCAGGAUGGUUUGAACAUGGGGAAUGAUCAGCAUAUAGUUCAGGAGCUGCUCAAACAGUUGGGGAGGAAUCACCAGAAGAUGGGGCACUACCUUGAUCUUCUUGAGCAAAAGAUCACGACUUGUUUUAACACCAUCAACCGCUCAAGAUCUCAACUUCUUGAGAAGAUUCUACUUCAUCAAACUAGUUCUGGGUCUUCUCAUCAUUCCCAAUAGUCUCAUCACUCUAUUGUUUCUUUCUAAAUGUAGUUUUGUUCCAUACUAAUAUUCAACCUGUCUCUAACCCGUUUAGUUUGAAGUUUACACCAAUAGAUAACUCAAUAAAUUCAUACCUUA